CGGGCGCCGGCGCUUCCGCACGCUCGGGACCCCAGCACUCCCGGCUCCAAGCGCUCCCUGCGCUCCCGAAGGUUGCGCGCACCUGCUGCCCCGACCCAGUCCCGGGUCCCCGCGGCUCCCAGGGCGGGAGCGUGGGCGGGGCGCGGCGGGGCGGAGCGUGGGCCGCGGAGGGCGGAUGCGCGCGCGCUCGGCGCGAGGUCGCCCGGCGCCUCCGCCCCCGGGAAGGCGGCGGCUUGGAGCCGACGUCAGCGGCGGGAAAUCCCCCACAGCCGGGCGCCCGGCUCUCCAGCGGCAGCCGCUCGGCCCCGCGGCGCUUCGCCCCCUGGCUUCUGCACCCUGGACGGGCGACGCCGGGCCAUCCGCAGCGCGAGAAUUAAGGGGGUGGGAAGGUGUGAGCCGCAAACCAGGGGAGGGCGGGCAGGAGGAAGACGCCCCGGGGGUGGCCUGGGGGACGCAGGGGUCCCGGCGGCAGAGGACGGCGCGGCGGGCUGACUGACUGCGGCUGCCUUCGGUCCGGACGCGCUGCGCGGAGCGGAGCCAUGGCCUCCGGUGGGUAUAACCCAUAUAUAGAGAUAAUUGAACAACCCAGGCAGCGGGGAAUGCGUUUUCGAUACAAAUGUGAAGGGCGAUCAGCGGGCAGCAUUCCGGGGGAGCACAGCACAGACAACAACCGAACAUACCCGUCUAUCCAGAUUAAGAACUGUUAUGGAAAAGGAAAAGUGAGAAUUACAUUAGUAACAAAGAAUGACCCAUUUAAACCUCAUCCUCAUGAUUUAGUAGGAAAAGACUGCAGAGAUGGCUACUAUGAAGCAGAAUUUGGACAAGAACGCAGGCCUUUAUUUUUUCAAAAUUUGGGUAUUCGAUGUGUAAAGAAAAAAGAAGUAAAAGAAGCUAUUAUUUCAAGAAUAAGGGCAGGAAUCAAUCCUUUCAAUGUCCCUGAACCACAGCUGCUUGAUACUGAAGAUUGCGACCUCAAUGUGGUGAGAUUAUGUUUUCAAGUUUUCCUCUAUGAUGAACAUGGUAAUUUGACGACUACUCUACCUCCUGUUGUGUCUAACCCAAUUUAUGACAACCGUGCUCCUAAUACUGCAGAAUUAAGGAUUUGCCGUGUAAACAAGAACUGUGGAAGUGUCAGAGGAGGAGAUGAAAUAUUUCUGCUCUGUGACAAAGUUCAGAAAGAUGACAUAGAGGUUCGGUUUGCGUUGAAUGACUGGGAAGCUAAAGGCAUCUUUUCACAAGCUGACGUGCACCGUCAGGUGGCCAUUGUUUUCAAGACUCCACCGUAUUGCAAAGUGAUCACGGAGCCCGUGACAGUGAAGAUGCAGUUGCGGAGACCUUCUGACCAGGAAGUUAGUGAGUCGAUGGAUUUCAGAUAUCUGCCAGAUGAAAAAGAUACUUAUGGCAAUAAAGCAAAGAAACAAAAAACAAGUCUCCUUUUCCAGAAACUGUGGCAGGAUUGUGCAGUUAAUUUUCCUGAAAGACCUAGACCUGGUCCCCUAGGAUCAACUGGAGAAGGAAGAUUCAUUAAAAAAGAAUCAAACUCGUUUCCUCCUGGUGCAGUUUUGAAUGAAAUGCUCCGGCCUGCAGGGGUUUCGAGUCAAGCAGACUCUUACUACUCCCCAUCUGUGUCCAUCUCAAGUGCCAUGCCACAUCAUGCCUCAGCCAUGCCCCCAAUGGUGCCUCAGCCUUCUUCACACUGGUCCUCAGAGCCCCACCCCCCCUCAUGCUCAGUCAGUACAAAUCCACUGAGUAGUUUUUCAACAGGGACAAUUUCCUCUAAUUCACAGGGUAUCCCGAGAUUCUCAGAAGUGCCUGUUGUGAAUGACUUGCAUGCUUCUAAUGCUUGCAUUUAUAACAGUACUAAUGACAUAGGCAGAAUGGAAACAUCAUCCCUGUCAUCAGCUGACUUCUGUGGUUUUUCUGGUGCCAACAUGCUGCAGAAUUGCCCUGUCAGUAUAUCCAGUAAUGACAGCAUGAGGGAGACUGACAAUUCGGGAUUUACGAGAAUGAAUAUUGAAAGCCCUUCAUGCAACUCGGUGUUAGACCAAAGGGAUUUGAGACAGUUCCAUCAGAUGUCCUCUUCCAGCAUGCCAGCAGGCGCCAGUUCCGGUACCACUGCUUUCGCGUCACAGUUGGAUGCAUUUGAGGGAUCCGACUUCAGUUGUGCAGAGAACAGCAUGCUAAACGAGUCAGGGCCUUUGAAUGGUACUAAUCCAAACGGUCAUGGUUUUGCUCAAAGUCAGUAUUCAGGUAUUGGCACUAUGCAGAAUGAGCAGUUGAGCGACCCGUAUACAUUUGAAUUUUUUAAGGUUAACUUGUAAGACUUAAAUGGUUCAAGCUUUAAAUCCUUUUAAAUGUUUGCAAUCAUUUUGAUAUUACCCACAUAGAAUCAACAUUUUCUAUUUCUCCCACCAUAUGUAGGAGAUUUCUUUGAUAGGCUCUCUUGGCUCUGGAGCUCCUCCAAGAAGUGGAAGAGAGGGAUGAAUUCAUUUCCCAACUUCGGGAAGAGCUGCAAAAAGCCCCAGGGCUUUGCUUCAAGAGUGAACAAAUCCAUACCAUUUGAACUCUAGGCUAUGAUGUCCCCUGGAAUCCUGCGUGCACCCCACAUAGUUUAUUUAAACUAGUACAUAUUUCCGUCUCAGAUCAUUAUUUGACCAUUAGAAGUGUAUAAUGAAUCUGUGACAUGUUAAAUAUUAAAUAAAAUCAGUUUUUCAAUUUAAAAAAA